AACCACCUCAGGCGCUUAGAAUGACAGGAACUGUGGUGGUUUUUGACUUCGACCGGACCCUGAUCAACGAUGACAGCGAUAGAUGGGUGGUGACGGAGAUGGGUCUCAAACAGGUCUUCAAUGAGCUUCGUUCUACUUUGCCAUGGAACUCACUCAUGGAUAGAAUGAUGAUGGAGCUUCAUUUGCAAGGAAAGACUACUGAGGACAUUAAAGAGUGCCUCAAAAGAACUCCAAUGCAUCCACUAGUAGUUGCAGCUAUUAAGUCAGCUCAUGCUUUGGGAUGUGACUUGAAGAUAAUUAGUGAUGCAAAUCAGUUUUUCAUUGAGUCGAUCUUGGAAUGCCAUGGCCUGUUGGGAUGCUUCUCGCAGAUCGUCACAAACCCAACCUCUGUAGAUGGUGAUGGAAGACUGAGAAUUUCUCCUUACCAUGAUCCAGUCUCAUCUUCUCAUGGUUGCAAUUUUUGCCCCUCAAAUAUGUGCAAGGGUCAGGUGAUUGAUCAAUUUUUAGCUUCGGCUUCUGAAAAUGGGAGGAAGAGAUACAUCUACCUUGGAGAUGGGAGAAACGAUUUUUGCCCAACUCUGAAACUAGUAGAGGGAGACCAUGUAAUGCCAAGGAAGGAGUAUCCUCUAUGGGAUCGCAUCUGCAGUAACCGAAUGCUUAUCAAUGCAGAUAUCCAUGAAUGGACUGAUGGAGAGGAGCUUGCUAAGAUACUACUUCAGCUUAUCCAAUGAACCUCUACUGAAGAAAUCCGGUGCAGUGAGUCCAUUCUGUUGAACUCAUCUGAUGAGAAAUGUCCAGCUAUGCUUGAUCAAGCACAUUGUUUAAAAUAUCAAGUUUCAAGCAUCAAGCCUCAAGCAACCAACCUUGUUUAGAACUCGAGGGUCAUUGAUGUUUUAACUGUGUAGCUAAUGAUCAAACUACAAGGUGGCAGUGGAGAACCGCAAUUUUCCAGCCUCUGCCUAAGUCAGACACUCUUUAGUUAUGUAUUUUUAGCUAAUGAGCAAACCAACCUUGUUGAAUUCAUUAACUGUCAUCGUAUCUUCAGUUUGGUAACUGUCAUUGUAUCUUCAGUUUGGUAACUGUCAUCGUGCAUUGAAUCAACUGAUUGGACUCAACAGAGCUAGUUUCUGAC